CUUAUACACUUUUGCUAAGGCCACGGCUUAAUGCAUUGGGUUUUUUUUAUCAUGCUCUACAAAUCUUCCAGGUUAUUUAUACAAGUAAUGAAUAAAAAAAAUCAACUAUUAAACCUUUAACAUCAAAAUUAGCUCGUGCUCAUCUGCGCCCCGGUUGCACGUGAGUAGAGAAAGGCGGGCCUACGGCUUGGCGCGGACUUUGGAGGGUAGUAAAACUAUCUAGCUGGUGGCGUGGAACAGAGACCUAAUUUUAUAAAUAUUUAUUCUGAGAACCAGUCAGUGUAUUAUUAGUCCAGUUAUCCUAAAGCCUAUGUCGAUCAGCUCAUGGAUGAUGGUUGAUUAAUGUGGAAUAAGGGUUAAAAGCGAGCUAUAAGAUGGAAGAUAUGGAAGUGGAUGUGCAGUUUGGAGCAGCAGGACCAGAUGGUUCUGUUGGUCUAGAAGUUCCCAUCAUCAUCCCUGACUCUGGGAGCAGCACAGAAGCAGAAGAGGAUGAAGAGGCUGAUAGGAGACCUGAAGGAGGAAGCACGGCUCCUGCUAACAGGCCACGGCUCGCAACAACUCAAAUUGUCAGGAGAAGGAGGGCUAGAGCAGGUCUGCGGUUCCAGUACUCCACACAGGCUACACAUUUGAACAGAGGCCCUUUAGACUUUCUGCUUAGGGUGUCAACAGGAAGUGAGACAGAGCCUCUCUCAGGCAGCACAGACGAGGUGAGCGACUCUGAGGAGGAAAGACAGACUAGAGAGGCCUUGGGUCCAGUACCUGCUGCAGAGGUUCCAACGAUACUGAACAGCAGCCAGCCUGCUUCUCUGGUCACCCCUCCUCUUCAACAGUCCAGUGCAACAGAGCCUACUGUUUCUGCUGAAGCUGACAGGGCUGAACCUCUAGUUCAGUCUGAGGACAGGGCUGAUUCAGCACCCGCAGAGGCCACUGAAGGUGCUUCUCUCUCGGCUGCUGUGGCUGAGAAUGAUGAAGGGGAGGGAGAGACCUGUUCUAUAUGUUUCGAACCUUGGACCACGUCUGGUGAACACCGUCUAGCCACGUUGCGAUGUGGCCACUUGUUCGGCUUCACCUGUAUUGACCGCUGGCUGAAGGGCCAAGGAGCCAAAUGCCCCCAGUGCAAUAAGAAGGCCAAGCGGGCUGAUAUAGUCUUGUUGUAUGCACAUAAACUGAGGGCAGUGGACAACACAGAACAGGAGAAUUUAAAGAGAGCUUUGGAACAGGAGCAGAGUUUGCGGAGGAAGGCAGAGCUGGAAUCUGCUCAGUGUCGUCUUCAGUUACAGAUUGUUACAGACGAGUGUGGGAAACUCAGCCGAGAGCUUCAGGAGCUGAGGAGGUUAAUGGCACAGACUCCCUCCAGCUCGGCUCAGUCUCAGACCUCUGCCCUGUCUCUGUCUCAGAGACAUGAAUCCUCAAGCAGGGGAAAUUAUGUUUUCUCCAAGGCAGUCCUUGUUUCUCAGGCUGGUGGGUGUCGUGUGCUGUCUUACUGUGAGUCCCUCAGUUGCCUGUUGGCUUCUCAACCCUCCCCUCAUGCCUCUCUGGUCCCUGGAUUUGGGGUGAAAAAAAUCAGCACUGUGAAUCUCAAAGCCAGUCAUUAUGUUCCCAUCCACAUUAAACAGAUCAGAGGCCUUGCCUUCAACAGACAGCAAGAUGGCCUUCUGCUUUCUGCUGCCUUCGAUAAUACUAUCAAGCUCACCAGCUUGUUUACUAACACUGUGGUACAGGCCUACAACACUGGGAAACCUGUGUGGAGCUGCUGUUGGUGCCACGACAACAACAACUACAUUUAUGCUGGUCUGAGCAACGGCUCGGUACGGGUAUACGACACGCGGGACACAAGCGCUCAUGUGCAGGAGCUCGCACCUCUUCGCUCCAGUUGUCCAGUUGUAUCCCUGUCCUACCUCCCCCGUGCCGCCUCCAGUUUGUUCCCAUGUGGUGGCCUCAUCGCGGGCUCCCUUGAGGGAGGAUGUUUCUGGGAGCAGGUGGAUGGAACCACCUAUCGACAGCACAUUCUGCCUUUAGAGUCUGGAGGCUGCACAGACAUUCAGGUGGAACCUGAGAGCAGACAUUGUCUGGUCACCUACAGACCGGGUCGCAUCAACCCAUCUUUGCGUUGUGUUCUGAUGGAGCUUAACCGAAGCCCUCAUCAGGACUCUGCCCAGCCUCCUGUCUGCUCCUGUUCUCCUGUCCAGACCUUCACUGCUGGCUCUUCUUCCAAGCUGCUCACAAAAAAUGCCGUGUUCAAGAGUCCUGCUACUGACUCCACUCUGGUGUGUGCAGGAGAUGAGGGCUCUAAUUCUACCAUGGUCUGGGAUGCUAGUACUGGAGCCUUGCUUCAGAAACUUCCUGCAGACAUACCAGUCAUGGACAUCUGCCCUUUUGAGACGAACCAGGAACACUACCUGGCUUCUCUAACUGAGAAGAUGAUUAAGAUCUAUAAAUGGGAGCAGAGUGGCUCAGAAAGAGUGGGUUUCUGAUAGGAGCACUUUUGGUUGUUGUUGGAUCCUGUGAGGAUGUGGUUGACAUAAUGUUUCAUUGAAAUCAGGUGAAUAUCUUCAAAGCAUAUUUUUUACUAUGGUGAAAGGACUGUAAAGGCAGGGCAUGUGACUGUGUUCAUUUUGAACCUAGAAAUUACCAUGUGUGUUGUGAUGUUUUCCAUAAAUUCUCCACUACAAUUUUGCAUCAGGAGUUCAUAAACCAUUUAAAAUAAGCAUCAGUAGAGAUUUAUAUGGACCGUUUGUUACACUUAAAAGAUAUACAUUAAGUAACUUUCAGCUGGUUUUUAAAUUCCUUUUCAUUGUCCUUUUACUCUUGUCCCACUGGUCCACUUUCAACAUGAUACAUGAUUUAAGAAUGCAACAAAGAGACAUGCCUUUGCUUUUUCCCUGUGUGUUUGUGUGUGGUGGAAAAUGUAUAUAUGUAAAUGCUUUUUUUUGUUGUUCUGUAAUUGUACUUCUUAAUAAAUGUAUAUGUAACAUUU